AUGCCUGAAUGUUGCAGAAACCAUUCUGAAUCUACGAAACUGUUCUUCAACGAAAUUUCUCUGAACGUAGACGACGAAGUGGUCAUCUACAACUUCUUUGAAGAAUAUUUCAAGUUCUAUAACAGACUGUUUCUCAGGCUCUCUGACAAAAGAUACGAAAUCAAGUAUUUCUACACCUGUUUGAUCAAAGGUGAUGGAGAACAAGUUGCAAUAAAAAUAGGAUUUAGAGAGACAGAUAAGGAAGAAACAAUCACAGAAAUAAACCAGCACUAUAUGGAUCUGAUCAAACAGCAAAUUAUCAGCAAUUCAAUCAACAUUCAAGUUCAGGGAUAUGAAUUAUCGUACAUCAAGUGUAACAUAAAGAAAUAG